AGCUGACAUAAGAUCGCGUGCUCAGCCGAGGCUCAAACUUAACCCCCGCUCUCGGUAUGUAAUUCUACUAUAUCAAUAAGAUACGGAGUACGAAUGGUAGACUACCUCUGUUGUCUCGUCAGUCAGUCGCGGUCAGUUGACAUUGCGGAACUCAAAACCACAUUCUUUCGCCUCACAGGUAGGAAGGUCUUAUCUAGUCCAUUUCCGAUUCAUCCGGCUUGGGCAACUAAGGCUAAAUAAAAAGCGUUCGGCGAAUCCUGAGUAAAGUUGGAUGCACAGGUGGUGUUGGAAGAUACUACUCUAUCUAGCAUUGACAGCGGUGUAGCUACUUAGGGAUACCUGAAAGAUAAGGCCCCGGACUAUCCGUUGCACUUUGAUUUGACCCGGAGAACGUUCGUGCCCAACUAUGGCUACUCAGCUCGUUCCUCUGCCGGAGGUGGAGAGACUCAGUGCUUCAGUGGUGCGGAUACUUGGUGGUAAUCCCGGCAAGUUUACACUGCAGGGAACAAACACAUAUCUGAUAGGUCGUGGACCUCAACGGAUUCUGAUUGACACAGGUGAAGGCAAGCCUUCCUGGGCUGCUCACCUGAAGACAAUCCUAUCGGAAGAGAAUGCCACCGUGCAUAAAGCACUCCUGACGCACUGGCACCAUGAUCACGUCAAUGGCAUCCCUGACCUUCGCAAGCUUUGUCCUCAAGUUACCAUCUACAAGAACCAACCAAACGAGGGACAGAGUGGUAUCGAAGAUGGACAGGUAUUUUCUGUAGAGGGAGCCACAUUGAAAGCUUUUCAUACACCGGGACAUACAGUUGAUCAUAUGAUAUUUGUGCUAGAGGAGGAAGAUGCCAUCUUUACUGGUGAUAACGUUCUGGGACAUGGGACUGCGGUAUUUGAAGAUUUGAAAUUGUAUCUGUCCAGCCUCCAGCGUAUGCAAGACCGAGUUUCGGGUCGCGGGUAUCCUGGCCAUGGAGCGGUGAUUGAGAAUGCAACGGCGAAGAUCACUGAAUACAUCAAGCAUCGACAACAGCGUGAAGAUGAAGUGAUCCGCGUGUUGCGUUAUGGAAAACUUGAUGUUCCUGAGGAUGAACCAUCACCGGAGCGGAAGGCCUCUUGGACCCCCCUCGAGAUAGUGAAAGUGAUAUACUACAACGUCCCGGAAAGCCUUCACCUGCCAGCGUCGCACGGUGUGCUGCAGGUGCUGAUGAAAUUAGAAGCCGAGGGUAAGACAGUCCAUGACACGGAAUCAGAUAAGUGGAGGCUGGAAACCGGGAAGUCUGCGCUAUAAACGCCCUUCACUAUAGCUCUGUGUGACAUUACAAUCAUGUUCUAUCUAAUGACAAUCUAUGCAAGUGUGAGUGCCUGGGAUGUU